AUGGCUACGGAUGUCGUAGAAGUGGCAGUCGGGGACUACGUGGAGGCGUAUUGGCCGGAUGACGACCAGUGGCUUCCAGCUCACAUCUCGGCGAUCUACGAGGAUGGAUCGCUGAGCAUCACGUGGGAGGAUGGCUCCCUCAGCGACGUCACUGCAGACUUUGUGCGCAAGCCUGCCGCGGAGGAGGAACUUGUCGAGGUCGCGGCGGAUGCUGAGGCCACCGAGGCCCCAGGCGGUGAGAUGGAUGCGCUGCUCGCAGCCGCGGAGGCUGCCGGUGCCUGUGCUGCGGCGGAGGACUUCGUGGCCGGCGCCCGGCCACCCAGCGCGCUGUACUGGUCCAACACCCUCAAGGGCGAGGCCCCAAAGGAGGCGGACACCGAGGAUGAGCGAAAACGUUGCAGGCCGACGGGCUUGAUGAGCUCCGAGGAGGCGCGGAAGUUGGCGCGCGAGGCCAAGAAGGCACGGGCCAAGUGA